UUGAUAAAAUUGUUUGACCUUGACAUUAACUGUCAAUUUUCACAGUUUUUAAUGUUUGUGUUUCUGCUGAAACGAUUUAGUUUGAAAAAUCCUAAAUCAAUAUCACAAUUAGCUUUAACAACUAAAUAUACUGCUGAUUUUAUUUGGCUACAAACUAAGUCACUCUCAUCAUCAACUAUGUCAAAAACGGCACUAAUGAUAUUGUCUCAAGGUGCUGAAGAAAUGGAGACGGUCAUUACUGUUGAUAUGCUGAGAAGGGGCGGUGUGACAGUGACCCUCGCUGGAUUAGACGGGGACGCCCCUGUUCUAUGCUCGAGACAAGUAACGCUUGUGCCAGACAAAUCAUUGGCCAAUGCACUGGCUGAAAGUCCUCAGUAUGAUGCUGUAAUACUUCCGGGUGGGCUGGAGGGCUCCGAGCGACUCUCCAAGUCGGACGUCGUGGGUACUCUGUUAAAAGACCACGAGAAGUCCGGGAAGAUAGUCGCCGCGAUAUGUGCUGCCCCCACAGCCUUCGUAGCCCACGGGGUGGCGAAGGGCAAGCGCAUCACAUCCUACCCGACCACCAAGGACAAGAUCACGUCGGACUACACCUACGUGGAGGGCGAGAGGGUGGUCGUGGAUGGCAACAUCGUCACCAGCAGAGGUCCCGGCACAGCUUACUGGUUUGGACUGAAACUGAUCGAAAUGCUGACCGGCAAGGAGAAGGCUGAUCAGGUGGAAAAGGGGAUGAUCAUCUCCGGAUACUAGUCUCAUCUAAACAUAUAUAAUAUUGUAAGAGAGUGCUUAUUGGCUGUUAUUCGAAUAUGUGAAAUUUGAUUUCAACAUAUAGUAAAAUAAAUUAAGGGAACUAAUAAAUGUAUAUAAAAUGA